AUGAGGAGAGAUCUGCCCAGAUGCCCCAUGCUGCAGAGGAAAUCAAAACCAUCUUCCCACGCCUUGGCUGUGAUCAGUAACCUGCUUCUGACCUGGCUUUCCUGCUCCUCACUGGAAACGGCCCCUCACGUCUCCGAAGCACUCCGGCUGCUGAGCCAGAUUCUGAGCCCUGUUCCCACGGUCUCCGCCGCGCUGGUGGAGUGUGGAGACGGGGGAGCACUGACGGCCCAGCGAGGCACCUGGAUUAACAUGGCCAGAGCCCCACCUGCCACCAACGCCUUCCCCAACUCGUCCUUCCCGCCCACCGCCCCCCCGCCCUGCCCGGGGGCGUCGAACGGGAGCUUGCCCGGCCUGGACGUGCCCUACUUCCUGACGGAGACCAUCACAGCGGUGCUGUCCGUCGCGGGCAACCUCUUCAUUUGCACUGUCAUCCUGCGGGACAGGAAGCUGCGCGCCGUGGUGACCAACCACUUCCUGGUCUCGCUGGCCGCGGCCGACAUCCUGGUGGGGGCCGUGGCCAUCCCCUGCGCCCAGAUGGCGGACGCGGGGCUGCCGCGGGGCCGGCCGACUCUGUGCUUGCUGAUGCUCUGCACCCUGCUGAUCUUCACGCAGGCCUCGGUCUUCGGCCUGCUGGCCAUUGCAGUGGAGCGGUACAUCUCCAUCCUCAAGCCCUUCCAGUACCCAUCCCUCAUGAGCCCCCAGAACUCGCUCCUGGUCAUCCUGAGCAGCUGGGUGCUGGCCACCUUCAUUGGGACGCUGCCCCUCAUGGGCUGGCAUAAACCCUUCCCGCCCGACAGCCAGUGCAAAUUCAACGCCUUCAUCGAGGACACCUUCGAGGUCUAUUUCAAGUUCGUGGCCUGCAUGCUGGUGCCGCUGGCCAUCAUGCUGGUCCUCUACGGCCAUAUCUUCCUGGAGGCCAAGCGGCAGAUCCGCAAGGUGGCCGAGCGGGAGGUGGAGGUGAGCCGGCAGGCCCGGCGCCGCCGCGUCCUGCACAAGGAGCUGCGGCUGGCCACCUCGCUCUUCAUCAUCCUCUUCUGCUUCGCCUUCUGCUGGCUGCCCCUCCACGUCAUCAACACCCUCCAGCUCGUCUGCCCUGGCUGCCCCAUCCCCAGCCCGCUGGUGCUGGCGACCAUAGUCCUGUCCCACGCCAACUCUGCCAUCAACCCCGUGGUGUACGUCUUCCGCAUGCGCUCCUUCCGCCAGGCCUUCACGGCCACCUUCCCCUGCACAUGGCACCCCCUGCCCGGCUCCGCCCCAAGCAAGUUCUCCGCCUCCGGACUCACGCCGUCCAACAGGCUGGAGCUGGCCAGCCACAACAGCCCCCUACCAGGGAAGUGACGUGGGUUGGUGGCCCACGGGAUUGGCCCCCCUGGGACUCCCGGAGCCUCUUUCAUACCUAGAGGGUCACCGCUGAGCUAAGACUGUCACUGCUCCCUAGGGGGAGUAGGACCCCCCCACCCUGCGGCCCCCCGGGCUAGGGACAGGACAGAUGGGAGAAGAACCCAGGAGUCCUGGCUCUCAGUCCCUUCACUUUAAC